UAAACAUCCACAUCCUAAUUAAUAUGAAUUCAAUGCGAACCGAUAACCGAAAACAAAGUCAUUCACCCAUGUUCAGAACAUCCUUCAACAACAAGUUGCACAAAUUACAAAAGAGACAACUAAGGGAGGAAAGAGUUAGCCAUUGAUCUCGAUCUGUUGCUAAGCACUGCAUCAACGUAUUUCUCUGGGUCUAUCUACUAACAAACUCGAUGUUUUAAGCUUUGAAAUUCUGUAUGAAUAGCAGUCAAAUUCUCCAUGAAUUUUAGAAUCGCUUGUUGUUGCAUAUGCUGUUUUUCCAUCUAUGUAUUAAUGUUCUCAAUACUCUUCAAAAUCAGUGACAUAUUCCCAUCCAUUGCAGGUAGUUUCUUCAACUCUGUACGCAUUUUCAAAAUUUCUCGCUCCACAAAAUCCAACCGUUCUUCGCUUUUCUUGGCCAUCUUCUUACGCUUGCCCAGGUUCAAUUGCUCUGAUACCAAAUUGGUAGUAUCCCACAGUGAUGAUUCUAUUUUUCAAUAUCCAAACAUAUUUACAAAAUGAGAUAGAAACUGAAAGCAAACAACACUAUUAGGAUCUCAAUCCUUUCCCAACUAAAACAAAGAUUCAAGAACAAACUUUAAACAACAUAAAAGACAUAAGAAAGUAAAUAAAACACGGCCACCAACGUACUACUAAUCCCCUUAUCUUCACCAAAAUUCUGCACACUCUCUUCUUCGAUCCUCACGGCCUAAUCCCCUCCUACUACUAACUGACUGCUGGGCCCACCGUGACGAUAACUUUCUCUCACAUUUCUCUCUUCCAUCUCACCUGUCAACUUCCCCUUAUUUAUAGGGUCGUAAGUAAAUAAUAACAAUUGUCUAACAUUUUCCCUCGAUAAAAGAACAAAACAACGAUUAAAUAGAUGAAUAACCCAUAAUCGAAGCAUUGCGGUUUAAAAUCUAUCUAAAAGAACAUACAUGAACCAAUUAAGCAAUAAAACUAAGGAAAUUCUAAGCUUUUAUAAUAAAUAGUGUGAGAUGAAGAAAACAGAGGAAUAAAUGAUAAAGGAUGUAAAUUGAUUAAAAUUAAAGUAGUGUUAUGGUUAAGAAGAGAAUCAAGGGAAAGCAUGCAGAAGGGGAUAAUACAAGAUAAUAAAUAGUAGGUGCAGGUGUAGGUGCAGGUGUAGGAUAGGAAGAAGGAUAUUUAGAAAUCAAAAUUGGGAUUUCCAAAGCAAGCAUGCAGUGAGACAUGUAUAGGAAGUAUAGGAAAUGAAGGAAGAAUAUGGUGGAGACGAGGGUUUCAACCAACUGUCCCUCUCUGCUUCUAAUAAAUUACGACGGGGAUGGAUGGAUUUCAUUUCAAAUUUCGAUUCCCAAUUCCCAUAUAUGGAUGAUUCGCCGAUCUUAAACGACGCCAUCCCGGGCAACCGGCGAUCACAGUCGGGAGGGUGGAGAGCGGCGGGGGUGAUAAUCGGGGUUGAAAUUGCGGAGCGGUUCGCAUUCUUCGGGAUAAGCACCAAUCUGGUAAGCUACUUGACGGUGGAGAUGGAACAGUCCAUGGCCAGCGCCGCCCAGAAUGUAAAUCUAUGGAUUGGAACAGCUUCUUUGCUCCCACUGGUUGCCGCCUCUUUUGCUGAUUCCUUCCUCGGACGCUACCUUACAAUUAUCCUCGCCUCCGCUCUUUACAUCCUGGGACUUGGCCUGCUCACGCUCUCAGCUAUGCUUGCUUCACCAAGCAGUUUCCAGGGUUCUGGCUCUGCUGCCUCGGCCGCCACGGGAGCUUCAGCUCGCCCUGUUCUCCAUGUCGUGCUCUUCUUCAGCUCUUUGUAUUUGGUUGCAUUUGCACAAGGUGGUCACAAGCCUUGUCUUCAGGCAUUUGGUUGUGAUCAAUUUGAUGGAGAAGAUCCUCAAGAAUGCAUAGCCAAAUGCUCUUUCUUCAACUGGUGGUACUUUGCCACUACUCUUGGAUCCUUCAUUGCUCUUAUCAUUUUAAGCUAUAUUCAAGAUAACCUCGGUUGGUGCCUGGGCUUCGGCAUUCCCUGCAUCUCCUCCUUAGUUGCGCUCCUCGUCUUCUUACUUGGAACUCAAACUUACCGGUUCGUUACGAUAGCUAACGAUGAAGAGAAACCGUUCAUGAGAAUUGGUCGGGUUUUUUUCAAUGCGGCUCGAAACUGGAGAACGGCAUCUUCGGAGAUUGAUAUUUCAGAGGAAGGUCAAGACGCAAUGCUUUAUCGAAGAUGUGGACAAUUGAGGUUCCUUAACAAGGCUUUGGUUGCUCCAGUGGACUCUGAUGACGAUGGGAAAACGUGUAACAUAGUCGAGGUAGAGGAAGCAAAGGGCGUCCUAAGGCUCAUCCCCAUUUGGAUAGCAAGUUUGAGUUAUGCCAUCGUUUUAUCACAAUGCUCAACCUUCUUCGUCAAGCAAGGUUCCACCAUGGACAGAUCAAUCAGACCAAGCUUCAAAAUACCCGCUGCUACAAUCCAAUGCUUUGGCUGCAUUGCUGUUGUGCUCUUUGUUCCGAUCUAUGACCGACUUCUGGUUCCGAUAGCGAGAAUAUUCACCCUCAAACCCUCUGGAAUCUCAAUGCUACAAAGAAUUGGAGUUGGGAUGUUCAUAUCCACUCUUUCAAUGGUGGUGGCCGCUCUUGUUGAAGUCAAGAGACUAGCAGUCGCUCGAGAACAUGGGUUAACUCAAAACCCAAACUCUACGAUUCCUAUCACCAUCUGGUGGCUAACUCCUCAGCUCCUCCUCCUCGGAGUUUCGAGCGUUUUCACAAUGGUAGGUUUGCAGGAGUUCUUCUAUGACCAAGUUUCGAGCGAGGUAAAGAGUGUGGGACUUGCACUAUAUCUGAGCAUCUUCGGGGUCGGGAAUUUACUUAGCAGCCUUCUUGUAUCCGUCAUAGAAGAAGCAACUGGUGGAGACGAUGGAAGAGGUGGGUGGUUUGCUAACAACAUAAACAAGGCGCAUCUUGAUUACUUUUAUUGGCUUCUUGCUGGCAUUGGUAAGGUAGGAUUACUUGCAUAUGUAUAUUUUGCCAACUCCUACGUAUAUAAAUACAAUGUAGAAAGAUGAACGGUUUAAUCCUGAUCUUCAUCAAAA